AUGCCUACCCUGACGCAUUUCCGCGCAGCUCUGCGCGGCCCAGUAACUAGUUGCAUGGCGGCCCCGCUCGCCGCCCGUCCUUUUCACUCAUCGGCAGUGUCUCACAGGCCCUACAAGGACGACCAGGACCGCGAGUCGCUCAAGCCCAAGGCCCACGAGUACACGGGGUCGGGCGAGGACGACGACAUGGCUGCCAACCCGGACGCCGCCUUCAACCCCAACAAGACCAGCCCCGGGGCAGCCAAGGAGGCGGCAGGCCACGGCAACGACACCAACCCGUUGGAGAACAGCCCUGCCAACAAGGACGUGGCGGAGUCGGGGAGAGGCAAGGAGGAGGACAAGACCAAGGCGGGCGCCGGGAAGCGCAGUGGCGGCGGCAGCCCAGCCAAGAACAAGCCGACACAGUAG